AGUAAACAUGGCGGCAGGAAUGUCGAGUUUCUCUGAUAAAAAUACAUCCUGGGUUGGUGUAGAAUCACUCCUAAAUGAUCUUUAUGAGCUGGUCGAUGAUCGCGAGACUGGAGACGUCGCUUUCGUGGUUGGAGACUCGGAAACUAGUGUCUAUGCUCACCGUUUAAUUCUGAUUGCAAGAUGUGUGUAUUUUCGUAAGAGAAAGAGGGAGUUAUGGUCUAAAAUGUACGGUCCUGGUUCCCCAUUUGUUGUUCGAAAGUCGGGUUUCAAACCCGAUGUGUUUAAAGAAGUCAUAGAGUUUUUAUAUACAGGGAAAUUUCAGUUUAAGAGUAGUACAGCAUUUGAAGCCCUAAGAAUUGCUGAGGACCUUGAGAUUUCUGAUCUUCAAUCUGCUUGUGAAGAUUACUUUAUAAGCAACCUUGGUGUAGAUAAUGCUGCAGAGUUCCUUACUGAUGCUAUGGCCUUAUCAGGGGGUACAGGACCCAAUAAAACAGGAGAACAGUCAAAAGGAGCAAGGGCAUUAGUUGAUAAAUGUAUAGCAUUUAUGGAGGAAAAUGCUGAGGAAGUGGUCCAUUCAAAAGGCUUCUCUUUAUUACCAAAACCUGCUUUAGUCAAACUUAUUUCAAGCGACCAGUUUGCAGUAUCUGAAGAUGAAGUGUGGAGAGCUGUCCUUAGAUGGGCCAAGACAAACUUAGGAAUAAACAAGCCCACGUCACAGUGGGAUGCCGAUGAUAGAGCAAGAAUCAUGCAGGAGCUGACAGGUGUGAUUGACUAUGUAAAACUUCUUUUGAUAGACAGCACAGUUUUUGCUGAAGAAGUUGAACCUACAGGUGUUGUUCCAAUGGAAUUAUCUUUAGAAAGGUAUAGAUUUGCAGCAGUUCCAACAAGGUUUAGUGCCUCUGUUGACCCACGUUUAAUACCAAGGGUAUCAAGCAGGUUAUACAAUGGUAGUACAAUACUGGGCAAAAACAAAAUAAAACUUCAAAAAAUCCUUAAUGGCUGGUAUGGCAAUGAGAACCAAGAAUGGCAGCUUCUUUUCAAAGGGUCAAAAGAUAAUUAUUCUGCUACAGCAUUCCAUACGAAAUGUGAUGGGCAAUCACCAACAAUGACAGUAGUGAUGGGCGCUAACGGCAGCAUAUGUGGAGGAUUCAGCGAUCAGCCUUGGAGAAGUGAUGUCCCAAGAGGGAAGUACGUACCAUCAACCAGUACUUUUCUGUUCACACUGACGAACAGCAGUGGUGUUCCUCCUACAAAGUUUUGCGUGGUCAAUUCCAAGUACGCUACACUUCAUCACCCAAAGUAUGGUCCGAUGUUCGGCGCAGGAGCUGACCUCUGCAUCAGUGACAGAUGUAAUACCCAAAGAGAAUCCUAUUCCAAUCUGCCUCACUCCUAUGCUGGUGUCGAAGCCACGCCAGAAGUCUUUAUGGGAGAGUACAACUUUCUUGUCGAAGAUUACGAAGUAUUUGGAUUGAAGAAUGAACAUUUAUAUGAAAAACCGUUAUAAUUACUUACGAUCCAUCCUUAAAACUUACCAAACCAUUUCUACCACAGGCAACCCAGUAAUCGGAUAUAGAGGAGAGCUGAGUGAGUAAUUUUACGAAAACCAUUAAUUUAUAUUACUUUUUCCAACUUGAAAUCUAAACAACCGAGAAAUAAAAUCUAACCAUUUUAAAAUUUACGGUAGUCGCAAAGUGAAAAAUAUGAAACAAUGCCAAAAACGAAGCUCCAUGAACAAACUUCUUUGUCCUGUGUGUACAAGCUAUCGUGAUGGUUAUUAUAGUUAGCAUCAAGGGGUUUGUAAAUAGAGUAAAGGCUAUGGUGAUAUAUAAUUUGUACUAUAUUUAUUAAAUAUAUACCGCAA